AUGCUCUCUCCUCACCGUACCCCGAACCGCCCCGCGUUGCAGCCAAACGUCGCUAAUGUUGUGUUGGGGAACUUGCACAUCAAGCCAUGGUACCCCUCGUUCUACCCCGAGGAUAUAAUCGGCGGUAGGAAGACAGAUUGGCUCUAUGUGUGCCAGUGGUGCUUCUGCUAUACCAGCGAGAUAAUGAAGUAUAGCGUACAUUGUAAAGUGUGCCCAUUGAAGGACGAUGCACCGCCCGGAGAAGUGAUCUAUGAGAAGGACGACUUUGUCAUCCACGAGAUUGACGGCGAGGAUCAUAAGCUAUACGCCCAAAACCUGUCGCUGUUGUCCAAGCUCUUCCUCGAUACCAAGUCGGUCUUCUUCGACGUCAGCACCUUCCUCUACUACCCCCUGAUCCUCCGUAGCUCACCACACCCGUACGGCCAAGUUGUCGGCUUCUUCAGCAAAGAGAAGAUGAGCUGGGACAACAACAACGUCGCCUGCAUCCUUGUCUUCCCACCUUGGCAGCGACGUGGACUAGGACAAGUACUAAUAGCAGCAUCCUACGAGCUCGGCAAGCGGGAAGAGAGAUUCGGUGGGCCGGAGCGGCCUUUGAGUGCGCUGGGCAAAAAGGGCUACAUCAACUACUGGUGUGGUGAAGUGUUUCGCUUUCUCAUGGCGUGCCACUUGAAGCGGACAGUGAGUGUGAAAGACAUCAGCGACGGAACGUACAUCAUGCAGGACGAUGUCGUUGCGGCGUUGCGGGAGAUGGACGUGGUGGAGAAGCGGAAGACGGCCAGUGGCAGCAUUGUCGUUAACAAGAGUAAGCUGCGAGCCUGGGCGGAGAAGCACGGUAUCAGUGCAGAGCCGCUUGUCGAUGCGGAAGCGUUCAUUUUCGAAGAGGGUGAUGAACAUGAGGAGAGCGAUGACAAUGAUUGA